AUGGCGCCUGGAGAUCCGUACGAAAGGGAACAAAAACGGUUGUUAGAAUUGUUCAAUGAAGUUGAAACUCCGGAAUCUAGUGAAGAUCCAUAUGCUGAUGAUGGGGAAUACGGGUCCGACAAGGACUACUAUCCUUCAGGCGACGAGUCGUUGAGUUCUGACGAUGCUGCUGGACGCCGCCCACAAAAACACGCUAGUAACUCAUCUGGUGAGUCUUCUUCGUCUAGUGAUUCGGAUGAUAGUGAAAAAACAUUUUGCCCUUCCGAGGACGAACAACGGAAUGAGAAUAUUUCAGUUACCCAAAACCUUCAUGUUUCGGAGGCGACGUCAUCUGGCAUUCCUUUAUCGUCAAACGAUCGGCUUAUAAAUCAAGAUGAUCGCCCCAAUUCACCAGAUAUUUCUGAUCAGCUUACUAGCCCAAUCAGUCAUGCUCCCAGGACAUCUGCUGAGAUACCUUCAGUAGUAGAAGGUUGGUCUGACACGGUGACCGAUAUACCUGAUUUUAAUUUUGAUAACGCUGCUUCUGGUAUUCAAGUAAACAUUGAUAACAUAGAAAAUGUUAUGGUCUUUUUUCAUCUUGUUUUUCCACGGAAUUUCGUUGAAUAUCUGGUAAUAUGUACUAAUAAUUAUGGUAAAUCUUUGUGCCAAACUAACAAACCACAUACAAGAUAUAGCCGCAAAGCUGUCUUUCGUGAAACCAAUUAUGAAGAAAUGCUGAAAUUUCUAGGACUUAGCCUUCUGAAAGGUCAUAUAAAAUGUCCUAAACAAAGGAACCUUUUUACUUUAACCAAAGCAAUGUAUUAUCAUCCGAUCUUUACCUACACUAUGUCAGGGCGACGGUAUGAACAAUUAUUACGCUGUCUAUAUGCAUCGGAAUUGGAGGCUAAAGGACAACAGAAGAUUAUAAAAUUCAUAGAUAUGUUGACUAUUAACUUCAGAAAAAUAUAUAGUGCAGGCGAGAAUUUGUCAUUAGAUGAGUCCCUACUUCUAUUUCGGGGUCGGCUACAUUUUCGACAAUAUAUAAAGUCAAAAAAAGCCCGAUACGGAAUUAAAUUCUAUGAACUUACUACGUUUGAUGGCUAUGUACUCAAUAUAUUGAUGUACUCUGGUAAGGAAACAACAAAUCAGAAUAUGGAUGGCGAUGAAUCUAAGACAGAAAAACUAGUAUUAAGGUUGAUGCGGCCAUAUUUGCUUCGUGGUCAUCACUUAUUCAUGGACAACUAUUAUAACUCUGUAAAGUUGUCACAGAAAUUGCUUGAUUUGAACACUCAUAGCACCGGCACCUUACGUAAGAGUCGUAAAGAUAAUCCUAAAUUUAUUACGACAAAAAAAUUGAAAAAAGGCGAGCAUGUAUGGGCUCGCAAAAACAAGGUAUAUGUUUCCAAUUGGAAAGAUAAACGCCCUGUCCUGAUGGUUACGUUUACGUUAAAGUUCAUCCCUCGAUUAUAG